AUGUUGCAGACUCAACAUCUUCUCUCCUCCACCUUCCCUUUCUCUCUCUCUCACCCUCAAACUUCACCACCCACUUCUCCUUCUCUCAACUUCCAUUACAAGCCCACCAUCUCUCUCCUCUCUCUCUCAUCCCACAAAGUUCGCACCCAACCAGUCCCGUCAUGGGUUGCCGCCGCCCAACCUGAAUCGUCCACCACCACCACCGCACCACCAGAGGAGGGACCCAUCGAACUCCCAUCUUCCAUGACCUCAAUUUUCGCCACCUCCGAUAACCCUUCUCCUCUGCAAGUCGCCACAAGUGUUCUGCUCACUGGUUCCAUCUGUAUCUUCCUCUUUCGAUCUCUCCGACGCCGCGCAAAGCGUGCCAAAGAACUGAAAUUUAGGUCUUCGGGAGCGAAUAAAACACUAAAAGAGGAGGCAAUUGAGAAUUUGAAAUCAAUGACGCCUACAACUGUUGAAGCAAAGGGUCCUCCUUCUCCUGUUCAGGCACUACUAGGUGCAUUAUCAGCUGGUGUGAUUGCGCUUAUUCUAUACAAGUUCACCACUACUAUAGAGGCGUCUCUCAAUCGCCAGACACUGUCGGAUAAUUUAUCGGUUCGCCAGAUAACAAUAACAAUUAGGACUAUAAUCAAUGGAUUGUGCUACCUUGCUACGUUUGUUUUUGGCAUCAACUCCAUAGGUUUAUUUCUCUACUCGGGUCAACUCGCCAUCAACUCUAUGGGAGUUUCAACAAGUGAAGAAAUGGAAAACAAGGAUGGGAUGCUGUCAAGUUCCUUAUAUCCAACAGACAAAGACAGCUCUGAGGAAAAUAGCACCAGUGAAGAUCAAAGUUCAGAUAAAAUACAAUAA